AUGGAGCAAAAUAAUGAAGACGUGGAACAAUUGAAUUACAACGAAGAAAGAGCUGAUGAGAUGAGUGAAGAAGAAAUAGAAAUAAUAGAAAAUGAUAGCAAUGAAGGAGGACAGCAAGUAGAUGGAGAUGGAGGAGUUGAUCCUUUUGAGAAAAAGCAAAGGAAGAAGAAAUCCAGCAUAUGGGAUGAAAUGACUGAACUAGUGCUAGAUAAUGGGACGGUCAAAGUGAAAUGCAACCAUUGCAAGGAGCUUUUCACCAAGAGUACAACCGGAGCCACAUCUCAGUACAAGAGACACCUGACUUCUUGCCUCCAAAGAAAGAUGGCCAUUGGGGAGCAAAGCAAACAAAAGCAACAAGUGCUUUCAUUCACCGAAGGUGGAAGUGAUGGUAUCACUUCCAUCACAAAUUUCUCGUAUGAUCAUGCCAAGACUGUUAAGGAAGAUUGUAUGAGUACUUAUACAAUUGAAAAAAGGAAGCUGAAAUCAUUGUUGAAAGGUACUGGUAGGAUUAGUAUUACAACUGAUUUGUGGAAAUCUGGUCAAAAAAUUCAAUAUAUGGUUGUGACUGGUCAUUUUAUUGAUUCUGAUUGGGUGCUUCAAAAACGUGUAUUGAAUUUUUGCAAUGUUCCUCCUCCUUAUACUGGAGUUAUUAUAGCUGAUACUCUAAGUAAGUGCUUCAUUGAUUGGGGGAUUGAGAAUAAGGUUUCUAGCAUAACUGUUGAUAAUGCUUCAUACAAUGAUGUGUGCAUUAGGAGACUUAGAGAGGAUUUUUCUCUAAGAAAGAGAUUAAUGCAAGAUGGUUUUGGCCAACUUGGUGGUGUGAUUGAUGUUGUUAGAGAAGGGAUAAAAUACUUGAACAAUUCAGAAUCUAGGCUUCUUGAAUUUGCCAAAAUUAAAAAACAGCUUCAGUUGCCCUCUAGAAAACUAAUUUUGGACUGUCCAACAAGGUGGAAUAGCACUUAUUUGAUGUUAGCUUCAGGUUUAGAGUUCAAGGAUGUCUUUCCAAGAUAUGCAGACAUAGACCCUGGAUUUCACUAUGUUUCUACUGAUUUUGAGUGGAUGAAAGUGGAAGAAGUGUGCAAAUUUCUAGGAAUAUUUCAUGAAAUCACUGAUAUGAUUUCCGGGUCUGAGUAUCCAACAACUAACAUUUUUCUUGUGGAGCUCUAUAGGAUUAAAGAGCUUUUAAAUGAAAAAGCUCUUGAUCCUUUUGAACAUAUUCGAGCAAUGGCUGGAAGUAUGUCUACUAAAUUUGAUAAGUAUUGGGGGGAAAGUAAUGUGCUGCUAUCUUUGGGUGCAAUUUUGGAUCCGAGAUACAAAAUAUUCCUUAUUAAUCAUGCUUUUCCGGUGAUUUAUGAUGAGGAUGCAGCUCCUAGAUUCAUGGCUGAGAUUAGAGACAUUCUUUAUGAGCUUUACAAUGAAUAUGUUGAUUGUCAUGUUGUUUUCCAUUCUGAACAACAAAGGAGAAAGAUUGAGAUUUCCCAUCUUGUCGAGAUGGCUGCCGAUAUACUCUCCGUUCCUGUUACCACUGUGGCUUCAGAAUCUACCUUCAGCGCUGGAGGGAGAGUAAUUGAUGAUCGACGAGCUUCUAUGUCGGUUGAGACGGUGCAAAUGUUGCUUUGCGGGAAUGACUGGAUCCGCAGUCUUCAUGGCCUAAAGAAUAAGUCUCGUGAAUCACUUGAUGUGGCCGAAUCAAUCACAUUUGAAGAAGUUGAACUUCCUGAAUCAUUCAAUGACUAA